UUUCGGAUUUUUUACGCUGCCGCUGGUGUAGGAGUGUUCUCAGUUCGCGGCUCCGGCUGUCGCCAUGGUGAAGCUGAGCAAAGAGGCCAAGCAGAGGCUUCAGCAGCUCUUUAAGGGCGGCCAAUUUGCCAUUCGCUGGGGCUUUAUUCCUCUCGUGAUUUACCUGGGAUUCAAGAGGGGUGCAGAUCCAGGAAUGCCUGAACCAACUGUUUUGAGCUUACUUUGGGGAUAAAGGUCAUCUGGAUUUGGAAGCAAUCAAUGGACAGGAACAACAUGGAAGGUGUGCACUCUGGCUGGGAUGACAGCUGGGACAUCGUUCAGACAUUUCGCCAGUUGAUGGCACAGGGCUCUUCUCACAUGAAUCGGUGGCAGAGUGGAACCUCUACUGACUUAUUUAUCAUAGACUGUAUCUAAAUAAAUGUUUUUAACAAUGUUA